AUGUUUGUUCGCACGACUGUGGCCGUGGCGGCGGCGCUAUUCAUUGCUCCCAUUGCGGCAAAAACGGACUUGUCGGGCUGUGUCUCAUCAGAGACUGUUGCCUACGGCGGCGCCAGCUUGGUCUGGUACGUCCCGGACACGGGUGAGAUUUGCGAGUUUCUCGACUGCGGUGGCGGCCGGGCUCCGCCCAAGACCACGGUCCCCGGAUGCGACGCAUAUGCGGGCACGGAGGCCUACACUCCUUCCUAUCUCGCGGGCUACGGAAGUUAUGCAUUUCCAACGUCCGCUGCAGCCGCCGCCGGCUCGACCGAGGAGUCAGUCAGCACAACUAGUCUCACGUCGGAUGCUACUUCGGACGUCACUACGGAGGCCACAACGACUGCCACCACGGAUGUCUCGGGACUCCCCACCAUCACCGGAGAUACAACGGCUCUCUCUGGCACCGUAGGCACCAUCACGUCGGCAGCCAGCCUCGCGACUACCACGACGACAAGGGGCUCCUCAGUGUCGACGGCUUCUUCUUCUUCGUCGUCGAGCAGCACGACCGGGAGUUCGAGCAGUGUCUCCCAGGGUGCUGGGUCCAUGGCUACUGCUGGUCCAAUGGCUUUGCUGAUUGCCUGUGUUGGAGCUGCCAUUUUGUGA